UACUCCGCACAGAUCUCGCACUCACUCACUGCUAGUUAGCUAGCUAGCAGAGAUUGCAGCCCUAAUUUGAUGAUAGUGCAGACAUACCAUUUAACUAGCUGCUACUAGCUAGUACGUGAAAGAGACGAAUAAGCUUCUACGUAUUGAGGUCAAAUAAACAUCACCAUGGACUUGACAAGUCUCACUACGAUGUGGUGGGCCAUAGCUCUUCUUUUCAUUACUGUAUUGGCCACCAAGAUCACAAGAGCAAGAAUCACCAACAUUGAUCCACAGCGUACAACAGGCCAACUUCCACCCAUGGUGAAUGGACUUGCUCUCCUAGGAUUAUUACCUACCCUUCUGAAGAAGGGUCUACCACCUAUGUUCAAUUAUCUAUAUGUUAACUAUGGCAGUGUCUUCACUGUAAGUUGCUUUGGAGUGAUCAAGGUAACACUCUUGAUCGGGCCAGAGGCGACGACUCAUUUCUUCCAAGGUUUGGAGUCAGAGAUUAGCCAUGGUAAUCUGCUUGAGUUCACAGUGCCCAUGUUUGGCAAGGCAGUUGGUUAUGGUAGAGAUACCGCCACCCGAAUGGAACAAAUGCGCUUCCACAGUGAAGCACUGAGGGCAUCCAGGUUAAGGAGCCAUGUUUCUCUAAUGCUUCAAGAAGUGGAGGAUUUCUUUGCAAAGUGGGGAGAGGAAGGCGUAGUUGAUCUAAAGCUUGAGUUCGAGCAGCUACUUAUGUUGAUAUCAGGCCGAUGUUUGCUUGGAAAAGAGGUCCGGGAGAAUAUGUUUGAUGAAGUCUACACACUUUUUCGCGAGAUCGAAAAGGGUGUGACCUUGAUCAGCUUCUUGUUCCCAUAUCUCCCAACUCCAGCAAACCGGCAGCGUGAUAGGGCACGUAUAAGGCUAACAGAGAUCCUCUCUAAUGUUGUCGAGUCCCGUAAGAGCUCCGGGCGAGUGGAGGAGGACACGCUGCAGAAACUGAUUGACUCCAAGUACAAAGAUGGUCGCCCUACAACAGUAGAAGAGGUAGCCGGGUUGAUCAUUGGCUUGCUGUUUGCUGGAAAACACACCAGCUCUCAUACUAGUACUUGGACUGGAGCUUGUCUUCUCAGCCAUCCAGCCUUCUUAAGAGCUGCCAUUGAGGAGCAACAUCAAGUCGCCAAGAAAUACAAGGACGGACCAGAAUACAAUGCCUUCUUAGAGAUGGAUACGCUGCAUAAUUGCAUCAAGGAGGCGCUGCGGAAGAACCCUGCAACACCACUGCUGGUUCGCAGGGUCCAUAAGCGCUUCACGGUGCAGACGAAAGAAGGCCAACAAUAUGACAUCCCGCAGGACUACAUCGUAGCAACUCCUACUAUAGUAAACAAUUAUAUCCCUUACAUUUAUACGGACCCUCAGGAGUAUGAUCCAAAUCGGUUUGGCCCAGAAAGAAGAGAGGACAAAGUGGGUGGCAAGUUCUCUUACACAUCAUUUGGUGGUGGAAGGCACGUUUGCACUGGAGAGGCUUAUGCUUACAUGCAACUCAAAGUGAUAUGGAGCCAUUUGCUGAGGAACUUUGAUCUCGAAUUGGUCUCUCCCUUCCCUAACACAGACUGGAGCAAGUUCUUGCCAGAUCCACAGGGAAAAUUACUCGUGAGAUAUACGAGAAAUGGAAUUUAAUUUGCAGUCGCUUAACUAUAUGAUCUACUUCUACUUGUAUUCAUGCAAUCAAUAUGUACUGUAUGCAUAUGUCUUUUGAUAUGUGUAACACACAAAAAAGUAUGUUAGUAUUUGUAUGACACAUACUUGUAUUGGGAGACAAUGAUGUUACGUUCAGUAGCGGACUAGGGUUUGAGUAUGGUCAAUACCCACAACUAUGUCCAUAAUAAAUAAAUAUA